AUGUCAAUUGACAAUCUUACUAUUGAUUUCAACACUCAUCUUUCAUUGAAUUUGGAUGUACCUUCUUCUACUGUCAAGAGUAACAUACUUCCCAAGAAUGAUCGUCCUGCCUCGAACAAAAAGACCCGCAAUAAACAAAUUGUGCCUAGUGAUGAUGAAGACGAAGAUGAAGAAGAAGACUCUGACGAUGAUUCUGAUACUGAAUCAAAACCUCGUGCUAAAGUGGCUCUGAGAUCUAAUCAUCCCAAGCCAGUAAAGAAGAGUCAACCUUUACCAAGUGAUGAUGAAGAGGAAGAAGAGAAAGAGGAAGGAAAGGGGAAUGAGGGGAAAGAAGGAGUUCAUAAAGGCAUGACGAAUAUAUAUUACCAGGACGAUCAAGAUGACGAUGUACCUUUAUAUUACAACCAGAAUACUACUUAUCAUAGCCAGGAAGUAUAUGAUGAUGACGAUGAUAGAGCACUUGUUUCUGAUCCAAAUGCUGGUCCUGUAUUGACACUUGUUGAGGGUAGUCAUCUUCAACAGCUUCAUUAUCAACAGCAGCAACAUCAAGCACAAUUAGCACAAUUCCAAUAUAUGCAACAACAGCAACAGUAUAGACAUCACCGUGCUUCUUUUCAACCUCAUUACCAUCAACAGAACAAGAGUAUGUCUGGCAUGGACUUACUAAAACAAUUAGAACAAGAAAAAGCAGACUUAAAAAGAGGAAAGCCCAAGAUAGAUACCUCGAAUGUAAAGAUUGAGGGUUUACUUAGUAGGCUACCUGAACCAGGAUCACACAAUAUCAGUUUCCAACAAUUAGAACAACAGCAGAAAAAGAUGAUGAUGCAACAACAUCAACAACCAAGACCAUUAUCUGCCAAUGCUAUGUAUUAUGAUCCAUACCAACAACAACAGCAGCAGCAGUUUUAUUAUAACCAACAACAGUUACAAAUACCACAACAGCAACCUUAUUGCCCACCUAGAUCUCCUUCUCCUAAUCAUAGCAAAUCAAACAGUAGCAAUAGACGUUACAAAUAA